CAAAAAAAAAAAAAAAAAUGAAUUGAAAUGCACUCAGGAGGACUACCCCAAACACUUAGCAAUCUGAACCAGUAGAGCUAGCACCCCCUUGCACUACACUGCUCAGGACAGGGGAGCUGCAUACUAUAUAUAUAUUAUAUAUAUAGAUAGAUAUAUAUAUUUAUAUUAAUAGAGAUAUAGAGGAUUUUAUGCACAUCACUUCCAGCAUGGGACGGUCCGGGCUGCCUGCAUCAAUUGCCUUGCUGCUGCUUCUCAUUCACCUCAGUGCUGCUGUCUCAGGGAUUACCAAGUGUGCCAGAACUGAGUUCCAAUGUGGUGACGGGAAAUGCAUCCCAUACAAAUGGAUCUGUGACGGCAAUGAGGAAUGCCGCGAUGGGUCUGACGAGUUUUAUGAGACCUGCAUCUCCAGAACAUGCAGCCCCGACCAGUUUAGCUGUGGUGGCAGGACAAACCGGUGUAUUCCCAAGUCAUGGAAGUGUGAUCAGCAAGAGGACUGCGAGAAUGGCUCGGACGAGAAGGACUGUGCUGCCAAGCCCUGCGCUUUCGAUGACCAGUUUCAGUGCCGCAGUGGGAUGUGUAUCUCUCUUGCCUAUCAGUGUGACGGUGAACAUGACUGCAAUGAUGGCAGUGAUGAAGACGCUUGCCCUCCCCCCACCUGCAACCCGGCAUAUUUCAAUUGCAAGAACUCUACCGUCUGUAUCCCCAAACUCUGGACAUGUGAUGGAGAUCCUGAUUGUGAAGAUGGAUCUGAUGAGGAAAACUGUGAAGGGAAGGAUCCAAUAAAGACAGACAAACCCUGCUCCUCUCUGGAGUUCCACUGUGGCAGCGGCGAAUGCAUACACAUGAGUUGGAAGUGCGAUGGAAGCAAUGACUGCAAGGACAAGUCUGAUGAAAAGGACUGUGUAAAACCCACUUGCCGGCCGGAUGAGUUCCAGUGUAAUGACGGGAAGUGUAUUCAUGGAAGCCGGCAGUGCGACAAAGAAUACGACUGUGAAGACAUGAGUGAUGAGCUGGGCUGUGUAAAUGUGACAAAAUGUGAAGGCCCCAACAAAUUCAAGUGUCACAGCGGGGAAUGUAUCAGCAUGGAUAAAGUGUGUAACAAAGUCAGAGACUGCAGAGACUGGACAGAUGAACCUAUAAAGGAAUGUGGUGAAAACGAGUGCUUGAGAAACAAUGGGGGCUGCUCCCACACCUGCAAUGACCUUAAGAUUGGAUAUGAGUGCUUAUGCCCAGAGGGCUACCGCCUUGUGGCCGGAAAGAGUUGUGAAGAUAUUGAUGAAUGUCAGGAACCCAACACCUGCAGCCAAAUCUGUAUCAACUUGGAAGGAGGCUACAAAUGCGAAUGCAACGAGGGUUACCAAAUGGAUCCUGUAAGCAGAACCUGCAAGGGCAUUGGCACAGUGGCUUACCUUUUGUUCACUAACCGUCAUGAGGUGAGGAAGAUGACACUAGACAGGAGCGAGUACACAAGUUUCAUCCCGCGUCUGAAGAAUGUGGUGGCUUUGGAUAUGGAGAUCGCAAGCAAUAAAAUCUACUGGUCUGACCUGACACAGAAGAAGAUUUACAGCGCCUUGAUGGACAAGGCUCAUAACUUCUCCCACCACGAGACAGUGAUCGGAAAUGAAAUCCAAGCUCCGGAUGGUAUCGCGGUGGAUUGGGUCCAUGCUAACAUCUACUGGACGGACUCUGCGUAUGGCAGCAUAUCUGUGGCAAACACUGCAGGGUCCAAGAGAAAAACGCUCUUCAAGGAGGGCCUGGCAAAGCCGCGUGACAUUGUGGUGGAUCCCACAAAAGGGUUUAUGUACUGGACUGACUGGGGCAUUCCUGCCAAAAUCGAGAAGGGAGGCUUGAAUGGAGUAGCCAGACAACCCCUGGUCAUUGAUAACAUCGAAUGGCCCAACGGAAUCACUCUAGACCUGAUUCAUCAGAGAUUGUACUGGGUGGACUCCAAGCUGCAUACUCUAUCUAGCAUCGGCGUUUCCGGAGACAACAGGAUGAUGGUCAUUGCUGAUGAACAUCACUUAUCUCACCCAUUUGGCCUCACCAUCUUUGAGGAGCUUGUGUUCUGGACUGAUAUUGACAAUGAAGCUAUCUUCAGCGCCAACAGGCUGACUGGGGGAAACAUUAGGAAGGUAGCAGAAGAUCUCUUGUCUCCAGAAGACAUUGUCUUGUACCACAAUCACGGACAACCUAAAGCUGAAAAUUGGUGUGUUUCCCAAAAUCUUGAGAAUGGAGGUUGUGAAUACUUGUGCCUGCCAGCCCCACACAUCAGUGUAAACUCCCCUAAGUACACUUGCGUGUGUCCCGAUGGAAAACACUUGGGACUAGAUAUGAGAAGCUGCGUGAAGGAGCAAACUUCUCCCGACGUCUCUCAGUUCACCUCGCCUCCCGUCACUACCACAAGCUCUCCAGUCACAACGCCCAGGAGCACCACCAUCCUUGCUAAAAUUCUCACUACACCAAAGAGGCCUUCGACUAUUAAUCCUGAAAAGCGAACUACAAGGCCCGUAACAACUAGUGCACCUACAACAAGCCAGCCGGCCACUAAGCCCAGUACCCCGCGGAGUGAGAAGAGAGAUCCUGGUCAUUCUACUUCGGAUCUUACAACACAGUCAUACCAAGAUGGGAAUGACGUACGAUUGGGGACUGCAGAUUCCCAUGCCCAUUCCAACGCUCUCUAUGCUGUCAUUCCUGUUGUUAUAAUCUGCUUAUGUGCGUUUGGAGGCUUUCUUUUGUGGAGAAACUGGAGACUGAAAAACACCAACACCAUUCACUUUGAUAAUCCUGUAUACCAGAAAACAACAGAAGAUGACGAGAUCCACAUUUGCAGAAGUCAGGACGGAUACACAUAUCCAUCGAGACAGAUGGUGAGCUUGGACGAUGACGUCGCUUGAACAAACCAUAACCAACUGUGCCUAUCACCAAACUCUGCUGCUCAAGUAUAUCAGGGGCAAUGACUGCUAAACCAAAAGUAGAAUUACCAUAUUUUAUACCAUCCAAGCAACAGUGCCACUCUGCACAGCCUGGAACCCUUUUUGUUAUUUGUCUUGUUUAUCCCACUCUACCUAACAAAUGGUCCACUAUGUACAGUGCCCAGGGACUGCAGUCACCGAAUUACUGACUUAUUUAUGAAGAUUCUUGUUUUGUUGAUAUCGUGCCAUUUUUACCUCCCUCCUGCCUCUUUCUGCAUUGUGAAAGCUUGUAGGCCUGAAAGAGGAAUCAACGAGGGCGGUGUGGGAUAGGAAAAGACUGGAAGGUGAAAAUAAAAAUGUAAUGAAGGACUAUAUGUGACGAUCCUGCUGGGGUUUAAUUUUUGUUUUGUUUUAAAAGCACAAGUCGUUCGUAAACACUAAAAUGGAAAUUCCAAACCAGAGAGGAAUAAGGAGCAAAGCACAGAGAGCUUGUACGGAGUUGUGGAAGUAAUGUCUCAGGGCAUCAGAUGUAUAUGCCUUGGGUUAAUCUCGGGGUCGACGCACGGCCAUGUUUUAUCAGGCUCUGCCUUUCCGCUACAAUGUAGCAAGCCAGAAAAAGGCCACAAAUCACCAACAAGUGCCUAGUCUACUACAAACUAUUUGCUUCUUAUCUUUUGUUUAUUUUUUCCUUAAAAACCCGUCCUCCACCUGCACUUUUUCCUUUGUCUCAAACAUGUACAUUUUAUGUUUGUUACAUUUAUUCGCAAGGCUUCUGGAUUGUUUAGCGAUGCUUUUCUCACCUGCCAGUAUCCGACAGGGUGUGACGGUAGAAACAAUGUUUUGAACAUGGAAUCUGGGAAGUUUGGCUGUUUCUUAAGCUUUAAUACUCAAUCAUUGUUACUGGAUACAAGGAGAAAGAACUGUUUUAAGCGGUGCUACCUACAAAUGAACAAUGGGAGAGGAUGCUCAGCCGUGCUGUUGCUGACCACGCUGCCUUAAUAUAAACUGGCGCAAUUACUUUUUUGUCUAUACUUGAAAUAUCCAUAUGGGCUGUAGAAGAGAUUUUUCUAUACCGCGAAAAGGCCUUAUCCUAGUCUCCACUAUUGUCUCCCUUGUCUUGCUUCGUAGAAAGUAGCCAAUCUUUAAUUGCAGUAUUGAAAUCAAAACAUCCUGCCUGAACCUGUGAAAAAAAAAGUUGCUUUUGUUUUUUUCUGUGAAGGGUGUAAAUAUUAAUUUCUGUACAGUUGUUUUGCACAUUUUUUUUUUUUUUUUUUUUGCUGUAUAUACAUGUUGAUUGUGUCAUAAAUGGGAAAAGUUUAAUAUAUAAUUUAUUUAUUUCUAAAAAUA